CUGAGUGCCAUAAAACAGAAAUGGCGCAGAUAUAAAGUUAGGCGCCCAUUGAUUCUCAAGUAGCGCUGGUCCUUUUGUCUUUUGCUUUAUUGUGAUUUCUGCGCAAUCUUAUUGUCUUUUAUUCCUUUGUCUCGCGUGGUUCUUAAAUCUCGAGGACGUUGACGCGAACAUUCUUUCCUCUCAGCCUCGUUCCUUCCUUUCUUUUUGUUUUUAAUGAAAGGAAUGAUCUUCCGUACCGGCCUUGCUUUAUUGUCUUUUUUUCUGGCUGUUCCCCUUUGUACGUUCCUUUGAGCUUUCCUCUUUCUGCGAUUCGAGUUAGGGAUGUAUAUAAGGGAGUAUCCUGAUUCACUAGAUCUAUAUCUUGCGAUUCCCGACUCCAAAACGCCCACUGCCACUUGAGUUCCGCCUGCCUUUCUAUAAUGUCUUUCGCCCGGCGAUCCUCGAAAUCUCAAUCGAAACCCAAACCUGCACCCCAACAACUACCUCCGAGUCUCGCCUCUGAACUCCUCAUGAUGCAAUUCAUGGGCGGAGGCUCUAUCGAGCGGAAUGCAAAACGGAUCAUGGAACAGCAGGCUCGGGAUAUCGCUCCUGCCGGGCGAACUCACCAUAAUCACCACCACCACCAUUCCUCUGAACAGCAUCACCACCCUGAUCGUCACCACCACGACCAGCGACGGAGAAAGUCGAAACCAUCGACAGACACGCGUCUGCCUCUCGGUGAGGUUUAUCGUGACGAACGAGGGAAUAUGUGGUGGGACGAACACGAAGCUGCAGAGUUUAGAGGCCUUUUGACGCCGACGCAGCACGACACGCAAAGCCAGGGCUGGGUUAAUUACGAUCCUUUCGGUACUACUGCUGCUGCUUCACCCACCUCGACCACGUUCUCGGUGUCCAAUAUCCCUCCUCAUCAUCCUCAUCACACCCACACCCACCAUGUUCAACCCCCUUAUUCGAACGCUGGAUAUCCUUCAUAUGCCGAUCCGGGAAUGAUACCGUAUGGUUCAUCAGCUCCGCUUCGUCGUCGUGGGUCCGUGGUGUCUCCAGCGACGUCUGGUUUCGAAGAUUCGUUCGUCCCACCUGUAGUCCCUUCAGGGUACAUUCCCCAUGCGCAUGCUGAUCCAGUAAUAAAGAAGAAGACGCUCCGGGGACGUGCUAGAGCGCUUUUUGGUGGUCAUUGAUCCACUUAUUGACUCUCUUCUUCUGAUGUUGUUGUAAUAUAUCCUUUCGAUACCCUUCGAUUUCCGCGUUCAACCGUACACGACGAUGUACAUAUAUCUAUCACUUGUAUUGAUUCUAUCUACUACUCAAACGUAACGGUGUAUUUUUACUUCGAUCAAUACCUAUUCUUGUAUUCCAAAUCAAAUGCGGUCUAUUCGUUCACGGAUUCAGACAGACGUGGCUGAACGAAAUUUAAAGAUGCUCAUCAGCUAGAGUCACAGCUGGGAGACUAUAAUGACAGAUACACGCUACUUACACGGU